AUGGCCUCCAACCCGCCCUCCUCGUCGGCCUCGUCCGACCUCGACCAGCACAUCCCCGGUGCUUUCCCCAGCGCUGCCGUCUCGUCGAGCACUCCCCAAAGCCUCAACCAAGCUGUCCACAACCGCCGCGACGAGUAUGUGCGCUCCAAGCGCAUCCGCAUCAAGGUCGGCACCUGGAACGUUGCCGCCUUCAAGGGCACCGAGAAGGACGUGGGCGGCUGGUUUGUCCAUGGCCGGGGCGUCGAGGAGGCAUUGGCUGGCCUGGACGUGACGGAUCCCAACCAGCCUCACGACAAGCCCAUCCCUGCCGAGCCCGAGCAUGUGAAAGAGAAGGAAACCGUCGAGGAGCAGGAGCGCAGGCGGUCCAGCAACGCCUCCACGCUGCCCGAGAACGAUGCGCCGAGCCUGCCAGGCGGCGAUGAAAUAGGCAUAUACGCGCUGGGGCUACAAGAGGUAGUAGACAUAAAUUCGGCCACUGAGGCGCUACGGCCCUACUCGGACCCCGCGACCGCCGCCAAGUUCAGGGCCGCCAUGGAGAGCGCCAUGCCCAAGGGAUAUCGCCUUGUCGCUGAACAGCAGUUGAUAGGCCUGCUUCUCCUUGUUUAUGCGUCCCCCUCCGUGGCGCCCGAGGUGCGCUCAGUCAGCACAACAAGCGUCGGCACUGGAUUGAUGGGCUACAUGGGCAACAAAGGAGCUGUCACCGCGAGACUGGUUUUGGGCGAAACCACCCGCCUGGUCUUUAUAAAUUCCCACCUGGCUGCGGGCGCGGACAAGACAGCGCUGGAGCGGCGUAAUUGGGACGCCAACCAGAUCCUCACACGCACCAAGUUUGACCCCAUAGUUGACUCAUCGGGCGUGGCGCAAGCCAACGGCGAGAGCAUCGCUGAGGCGGAUUUUGCAUUCUGGUUCGGUGAUCUCAACUACAGGCUAGAAGGCAUGCCGGGCGAUGAUGUCCGCAGGAUCCUAAUGCUCCAUACACGCAACGAAUACGAUUUGUCCCAGCGCACAGCUGGCCUGAUCGAGAAAGAUAUCGCAACUUCAGGACGCAGAUCGAGCGAGACGACAGAUCGCACAUCCGGGCCUUCCUCUUUCUGCAACGACGACAGUUCGUCACUGGCCGAUCCUUCGACGUUUGACGACAACGACGCCGAAGAGCUGCCGGCCGAAUUCGACCCGGCUUCACUACAGACGACGCUCGCAUCUCUGCUUCCCCAUGAUGAAUUGCGGCAACAGCAGAGGAAGGGGAAAGCUUUUGCAGACUGGCGUGAAGGAGACGUAGAAUUCUUACCUACCUACAAGUAUGAUGUGGGCACCGUGGGCGUGUUCGACUCGAGCGAAAAGCGCCGUUGCCCUAGCUGGUGUGACCGUAUCCUUUACAGGACCCGUCGGGACAGGCUGGCCCAUGAAAACAAAAUUAAAGAGGCGGAAGACUCGAAGAAGCGGGACGAGGACAUGAAAAAGCGGGGCUUGGAGUCGACUUCUGAGGAAGUCCUCUUCGAGUAUGACCCCGCCACUGAUGGCGACGAGAACUACGACGAAGCUCGCGAUUCCAGAGAAGAUCCGAUACCUGUCGAGACAAAGGAAGGGUUCGACGAUGAACUGCAGCUGGAGUACUACACAGCGCAUCAGCGUGUUCUGUCCUCGGACCACAAGCCCCUCGAUGCAGUCUUCAUUCUCAAAUACGACUCGGUGGUGCCUGAGCUCAAAGCCCAAGUUCAUCAAGAAGUAGCACGGGAGUUGGACAGAGCAGAAAACGAAGGGCGCCCGGGAGUCACGUUGAUUGUUGACAAGGAGUUUAACAAGCGAGAAAGCAGCGAUGACAGCAAAUACGAGGGCGUCAAUUUUGGCAAGGUCAAGUUCUUGGAGGCUAAGCGACGCAUGGUCACCAUUGCCAAUACGGGACCUGUCGCGGCGAAUAUCAGUUUCUUUGGCCAGCCCGGCGCCGAGCAGGGCGAGGUAAAGCCGCCAUCUUGGCUUUCUGUCCGCUUCGACCGCGAUCCAGACAAGACCACGGAAGCUUCAAUCCCGGCAUCCUACACGCUGGAGCCUGGUGACGCAUGCAACAUCGAACUCAUCUUGAAAGUUGAUGAUACUAAAUUUGUGCAAGGUCUCAACGAAGGCACAGCGCAGCUCGAAGACAUAUUGGUGCUGCGCGUCUCUGAAGGGCGCGACCACUUCUUGCCCGUACGAGCCAGCUGGCUGCAGUCCAGCUUCGGGCGCUCCAUCGACAAGCUGAUACGGAUCCCGGAAGGCGGGAUCCGCAAGCUCCAGGGUCAGCGGCCGACGGGCGAUAGCAGCCCCGUUUCGGGCAAAGACGCCGGGGUAAAGUGGUCGGCGCCCCGGGAACUGUUCCGGCUGACGGAGGCUCUAGAAGACCUUGUCGAGCGCGUCGUAGCCGAGUGGGAUAUGACCGAGCAUCCCGACGGGGCGGCGCCACCGUGGGAGGUGACAGGCGGCAACAGCGCCAACGGCUGGCCUUUUUCGCCCGAUACAUGGAAGCUGAAGGAAGACAAGGCUCGCGAGAGCAUCAAGUGCGACAUUGCCGACGCGCUCGACGCCGACUUGGCCAUCGAGACGGGGACGGCGUUCCAGCCAGAUACGCCCAUGUUGUUGCGGCUAGAGUGCUUGGCGGAGAUGCUGUUGCUGUUCCUGAACAGCCUGACAGAUGGGGUAGUGACGGAAGAGCAGUGGGCACAGCUGGAAGCAGGAUACGAGGACCAAACACGAACACGACGGACGCUGAACCGCGAGGAAGAGCGGGCAUGGGUGCUAGAGGUGAUGGCUGGGGCGCCGAACCACAACGUGUGCUUUGUGCUUUUGACGAGCAUGGGGGCACGCGUGGCGGGCGAGGUCAAGCAGGCCAUGAAGCCAGUAAAGGCGGGGGCGGCAGCCGGGAACCGGCUCAGCCGGACCUUCAGCAUGGGGCGGGCACGCAGCGCCAGCGAGGUGCAGCGGGCGCAGACAGAGGCGCAGCGGCGACAAGCCGUGGAGCGCGGCAUCGCGGGGUCGCUGGCCGAGGCCAUGGUGCGCGUGCCGGUAGCCGUGGGCAGAGAGCGCGAGCGGAUGGUGCGGCGGCAGCGGGCAAGCCGGUUGGUCGAGGUGUUUGUAGGCGAGGGCGAGACGGCCUUGUGA